AUGGAAAAUAUCAUGAAAUCGCUGGCUCAUGUUAUCCCAUCCUCGACUAAAGAGCAAGGAGAUAUUUCUCUUCUGCAAUUCCUCGAUUUGCAGCAGUUAAAUUGUCUCAACGAAUCAAUAGAACACAACUUUAAAUCUAUAGUGUCCUCCAAGAAGCCCAAUACCUCUUCUUCGUACCUGGAGAGCGAUGCCGAUGAGCAACUUCUACUAAAUAUUGCCUUCAAUCAGUCUGUACGAGUGAAAUCCAUCUCAAUCAAGUCUACCGACAUCGCACACGGGCCCAAGAAGAUCAAACUUGCCGUGAACCGACCGAGUUUGGGUUUCGAUGAUGUAGCCGAGGCAGAGGAACCUGCGGUGGCACAAGUUUUAGAACUCGACGAGGAAACGGUCAAGGAAGGGAAACCUGUUCCUCUGAGGUUUGUCAGAUUCCAGAGCGUGAAUAGCUUACAUAUAUUCGUCGUUUCAAAUCACGGAGAUGAGGAGGAAACGAGGAUUAAUGCGAUUGACAUUAUCGGCGUACCUGUGGAAACUACGAAGGAUCUCAGUGGUUUGAAACAGCAACAAGAGAACUAA